UAGUAGUAGUUAGUCAUUAAUGAAUUGGGGUGUGUGUAUAGUGAUAAUCAGAUAGAGAAUAUCUCUCUCCUCUUAUCUCUCUCGUAGCCAUAGACAUGAUGACAUGAGUUGCAGCAACUACUCGCGCUUUGUCUCUGUCUGUCUCUCUGAUAAAUGACAAUUCUGUUCCUGUGAUGCCCUGCACUGACUUGUCGUACCGGCUUCUUUCUUCUUAGAAGAGAAGAGAAGAGAAGAGAAGAGAAGAUCCCUUUCUUUCCGUCCCUGUCUGUCUGUCUGUCUCUCUUCUUCAACUUCACUAAUUAUUAUGACUACUAGCAAGCUCAAUUCCACUGAUCCUCAUGGAAAUGGAGAUGCAAGUUUGCCGUGUUCGCUGCCUGACAAUAAAUUUAGUGAUUCACUUACCCUUUUCCAUUCUGAGAAGGCAGUGCAGGAGCUUCUUCAACAGACUCCAAUCCAACACACUGAUGACCAUCUCAUAGAGUUCUCAGAGGCUCUUAGAACUGUUGCCAAGGCAUUAAAACAAGCUGCCGAAGGAAAGGCUUUUGCUCAAGCUGAGGCUGCUGAAUGGAAACGUAGAUUUGAACUGGAAAGGGCACAGAAUCAACAGCUAGAGCACAAAGGAAAGUCACCAGGGGAGUGUAAUGGUGAUAUUAAUGCUCAGCGGAUGGAAAACUCAACUAACCAACCCAUGCUGAGAAAUGAAGCAAAUGAACAAUCUGAAAAUUGCUGUACAAAUGGGCUUUGCUCUCAUGAAAUUCUUCAUGAUGGAGAGACUGACUCCCAUGCCAAAGCAGUUCAAAACAAAAUGAUGAGAAAGGUUCACAGCAUCACAUGUUUGGAUGGGAACCAGCUAGUCCUGGCAUCUUUCAAGCUUUCAUGGUGGUGUAAAGGUGACAUUAGUGAUCAACACAAACAUGAUAUUGUCUCUUUUGAAAGAGGAAAUAUAACAACUGCAGGGCGCAGCAGCAAACAGAUUUCUUUGAAGUGGGAAUCUAACCCACAGACUGUGCUAGUUAUGACCAAACCAAAUUCAACCUCUGUUCAGAUUCUAUGUGCAGAAAUGAUCAGAUGGAUGAAAGAGCAUAAAAAAUUAAACAUUUAUGUAGAACCACGUGUGAUGGGUGAACUUCUAUCAGAAUCAUCUUACUUCAACUUUGUGCAAACUUGGAAAGAUGAAAAGGAAAUUUUGAGCCUGCACACAAAAGUUGACCUUGUUGUGACUCUUGGUGGGGAUGGUACUGUUCUUUGGGCAGCAUCGAUGUUCAAAGGACCGGUUCCUCCAAUUGUAUCAUUUUCUUUGGGGUCUCUUGGAUUUAUGACACCAUUCCAUAGCGAACAGUACCGAGAUUGCCUUGAUUCAAUCCUUAAAGGUCCAAUUAGUAUAACAUUACGACACCGAAUGCAAUGCCAUGUUAUUAGAGAUGCAGCUAAAAACGAGUAUGAAACUGAGGAGCCUAUACUUGUUUUGAAUGAGGUUACAAUUGACCGUGGAAUAUCAUCAUUCCUUGCAAAUUUGGAAUGCUAUUGUGACAACUCUUUUGUCACACGCGUGCAAGGAGAUGGAUUAAUUUUAUCAACUACAUCAGGUAGCACUGCAUAUUCAUUGGGAGCUGGAGGAUCAAUGGUUCAUCCCCAGGUCCCUGGAAUUCUGUUUACACCAAUUUGCCCGCAUUCCUUAUCGUUUCGACCUCUGAUAUUACCUGAGCAUGUAACAAUACGAGUUCAAGUUCCAUUCAACAGCAGAAGCCCUGCUUGGGCCUCAUUUGAUGGCAAGGACAGGAAACAGCUGGCAGCUGGUGAUGCGCUUGUGUGCAGCAUGGCACCAUGGCCUGUUCCAACAGCAUGCCAGAUUGAUUCUACAAACGACUUUUUGCGCAGCAUCCACGAUGGCCUCCACUGGAAUCUCAGAAAGACCCAAUCUGUCGAUGGCCCUCAGGAUUUAUAAUGUAACUUCGUUCUUUUUUUUCUUGGGUACAGGAAAACAGUUCCUGCUGGGGUCCGUGAUUCGCCUUCAAGUGUCACAGGGAAAGUGUUGUGGAGGGGGGAAUAACUUGUAGUAGUCCCAAGGGAAAAGAAAUAGUUGCUGUCAGUCAGCUUAAAUUUCUCUCUGAAAUUUGUACUUCUUUGCGUAGUCAUUAAAUGAUUAGACACAAACAAAUAAAUUGUUGAAUGUAUAUACACAUGCAUAUAGUCAUCAA